AUGGACGUCGUCUCGAGCUACAGCUUCGCCUCGCUGCUAUGGCACGCCGUCCAGGGCGUGCCGCUCGUCGUCUGGCCCCAGGCCAUCAACGGCCUGCUGACCAUCGACGAUAACGCCGGCACCAUGCGGCCGUCGAGCGAGGUCGAGAACUACUUUGCGCGGUCGCUGGGCUGCGCGCUGCUGGCCCUGGGCGCGGUCACCGUCUUGCUGACGGGGGCGCUGCCGCUGACCAGCAUGGUCGAGACACCCACCGACGCCAUCUCGCCGUACGCGACGGCGACGAUCCUCAUCACGACGCUGCACCACGGCUUCAGCGCCUUCUACUGCUGGGCCAAGUACAACGAGACGGACCAGACGGGGUUCGUGCUAGGCUUCGGCGGCAGCGCCGCCCUGGCGGCCUUCGGGCUGUGGUGCCUCUUGUUCGGCGGCGACAAGGCGCGGAUCAGCAAGCGAACCGGGGCCGACAAGCGGACAAGCGGUUUCCCGUUCAGCAACUCGGAGGCUGAGAAGCGGAAGAAGAAGGGGCUCUGA